UUUCCCCAAGCAGUGAGCCUCGGACAGUGCUGGGCUCCAGCGCUUUAUUUUAAGAUGAUCGGCCAAGGUCUUUGCAGAUAGAUUUUAUCUGAAGUUAAAUAGCAGGCGCUCGCCGCUCACUCGCCAAUAAGUCAUUUUUAAUAGAGACAAAUCGCUCUGGACGCCCCGGAGCGCCGGUGCCGCCGCUCUUGCCCGCGCUCCCCGCCGAAGGCGAGCGGGCAGCCCGGGCAGCUCCCUUCUCCCGUAAGUGUCCUGCUCGGUGGAUCCUGCUCGUGUGUGGAGAAGGGGAGGCAAGGGGGGGAGAGCCUGCCAGCCGCCCUGACAGUGCCUACGCUGGAUGCACAGCGGCCGCGGGACACCUCGGCGCGGAGCGCGGCGAGGAGAUGCGCAGGGGUGGUGGGCUGCGCCGCGGCACUCAGCCCCUCUAGGCUCGCCCAUGGAACGUCCCGCGGAGCCCCGUCCGCCGUCGGAUCCCCCACGCCGCUGGUGAGAGCUCUGCUUGUUCUGUAAAGUGGAUGUCAGGUGGAUCUAUGUUCUGGAAGGAACAAAGAGGCAGCGAAAGCAGCACGGGGGAAGUUUGAGCGGCGAGGAUGCAGGCUGUGUACUGGUACGCGGUCCUUCUGCUGCAGCCCACUCUCUACCUGGUUACCUGUGCAAAUUUAACAAAUGGAGGAAAAACAGAACUUCUAAAAUCAGGAAGCUCCAAAUCCACACUAAAACACAUAUGGACAGAAAGUAGCAAAGACUUGUCCAUCAGCCGACUGCUGUCACAGACUUUUCGUGGAAAGGAAAAUGAUACAGAUUUGGACCUGCGAUACGAUGCCCCAGAAACUUAUUCUGAGCAAGAUCUCUGGGACUGGCUGAGGAACUCCACAGAUCUGCAAGAACCUCGGCCCAGAGCAAAGAGACGGCCCAUCGUCAAGACUGGGAAAUUUAAGAAAAUGUUUGGCUGGGGAGAUUUUCAUUCCAACAUCAAGACUGUGAAGCUAAAUCUGUUAAUAACAGGGAAAAUCGUUGACCAUGGCAAUGGGACGUUUAGUGUUUACUUCAGGCAUAACUCCACUGGUCAAGGGAAUGUAUCUGUGAGCCUAGUGCCCCCUACAAAAAUAGUGGAAUUUGACUUGGCACAACAGACAGUGAUUGAUGCCAAAGAUUCCAAGUCCUUUAACUGUCGAAUCGAGUACGAAAAGGUUGACAAGGCUACCAAGAAUACACUCUGCAACUAUGACCCUUCAAAAACCUGUUAUCAGGAGCAGACCCAGAGCCAUGUGUCAUGGCUCUGCUCCAAGCCCUUUAAAGUAAUCUGUAUUUACAUUUCCUUUUAUAGUACAGAUUAUAAACUAGUACAGAAGGUGUGUCCUGAUUACAACUACCACAGUGACACACCCUACUUCCCUUCAGGGUGAGGACCAACUUGUGUCUGAGACUGAAGCCUGGGGAAUAAAAGAGGUCGAAUAACAGGGCUGUAACCUCAAGGAGGAAGGCCACAUCUAUUGCCUGGAAUGUGUCUACCUGCUGCUGCUGAUGUCAAAUGGCUGCAAAUAUGUUAGUGGAAAACAAUCUAAUGUAAUUUUUGCCCAGUCAGCUCCAUGUAUACGUCUAGGUGUAAAUCUAUGGAUUUGAAAUAAAACCAUACACAUACACAGACACACACACACACUUUUCAGUGCACAUUAUUGAGAUUCCUGUUAAGAAAUCUUUCAUUGUCUGAUAUCUAAGGAUUCAGCAUAACCUAUCAUCAAGCAAAAUGGAUUAACUAGACAGUACAAGGUUUCUAAGGCAGACUGUUAUGGAAAUCUCCUUGAAAGUCCUUUGAGUACAUGCCAAUCAAUAAACCUCACUCAUGCAUUCUACUGCUUGGAGCAGCUGUACUGGUAAAUAAUACUGUAGGAAUAAGUAUUCGUUAAAAUGGGAAAAAAGUGUGUUUAGAAUUCAGUAUUCUGUAUUUAUGUGAACCCAGCAAAGUGUCAUGACUUUUCCCAGCACACAGUAGGCACAUUCAAGGUGGUGUUGGUGGCUCUUUUUCCAUGGAGCAAACCUGUUUCUAGUAAAGAUGGGCAAACAUUUGGAAUUUACAUGUGAGCAGACAUUCUGGUUUAAUGUUUCUCUGACUUUAAGCUGUGAUUCUUUAAACUUGUUUGAGUUUAGGCCAGCUAAACUGCUUAAAAACUGGAAUUGAUCUCUAAGAAGGAAAAUGCCUGGCAGAGAACAUGUAAGUUAUAAGUGGCUGUCUUAUCUUUAUUACAAAAUAUUGUAACAAAUUCAAUAUCCUAGUCUUCAUUUGUAUGAAUGGUUUGUAUUGUACAUAAUUUAACCAGUGUUAUUUGAGCUGCUUAUUAAUAUUAACUUGUAAUUGUCUCUCUGCUUGUUAUUGUUUAAAACAGUCAAGGAAAUGAGGAAUCCAUUUUAUCAAUGUAGCUGUAAACUCCAUUAAAAGACAGAACUAUGUACAAAGCAUUUAUUCAGCUAAAGUAUUGUUGAAAGCUAUACAUAUACAACAUUACAGUCUGUCUGUAUUUAGAUAUUUUAUUUCCAGAGGAAAAAAAUGAACUGUACAUAAAAAUAAAAAAUCUUAAAGUUGA